AAAGAACGAGAUGAUUCGGACCGUGUCCCUUGCCUGACCUGCACUGCAGUCUCACCUUGACAAGCUCGGAGCCGUGCAUCCAGAGGGAAAAGACUGGCGAGUGACCAUUUGGCUAAUUCUUUCUGCUAGCCUGAAGUGUCAUUUCAGAGAAAAUGGGUGUCGACAUUGGAGGUAAAGAACUGGUCACAUACAUUCCAAUUGUUACAACAGUUGGCCUGGCCAUCUAUGUCACUUGGCAGGCUCUGAGGCCAAAGAUUGGCCUUGUGAACCCAGGUAUUGAGAAGAAUGAGCAGAAGGUUGUGAACUCCAUGGACAUUGAAGACAUUGGAGACAGCAUUGCUUUCUGCCGGUGCUGGAGGUCCAAGAAGUUCCCUCUGUGCGACGGCUCCCACAAUGCUCACAACAAGAAGCAGGGAGACAAUGUGGGACCAAUUUGCCUGAAGAGAAAGUCUGCCUAAAAGCUAUUCUGUCUUCCGAAAGAAGAGGAAAGAAAUUGUCGAAAUGUAGAUUGGGAAUUAAUAUAAUCUUUUUCUCCACUUUGUGAAAGGGUAGUGAGUGAAGAUGAUCUUUUGUUGUGUCUGUUUUUAAGCCUGAAUGGUUACUGCUGAGUUGGUUACUUGUGAAGAUGAAUUUGAUACUCAAAUAAUUUUGUGCCGAAUAUCUUUAUGCUGUGGUUGAAAAUGUUUCAUUGUGCAAAACCCUCUUCAGUUUUGAAGUCGUUCUACAUCAACAAGGACAGUUUUCUUUUUCUUUUGAAAAGAGUUGAGUAACCAUUUGGCACUAAUUUGAGCCAGCUAAAUUAAAUUUUAGCCCUUUUUCUUUCUCUUAAAUGUGUGUCACUUUUCGCAAGGAAAACUUGUUUUCAGGAAUUUGAAGCAAAUAAAAAGUUUGUCCUUGGUAUUGGUGUACUCUACCCUUACUACUCAAAGCUUGUGUAGAUUGCACAGUAGGUGCUCUGUCGCUCAAAGCCCUUCUUCAUAUAAUAUAAGAUAGCCUACAUGUAUGUAUGAUACAUACAUCUGUCUUUGGAAGGUUCUUUGUUCGUGCAGUUUACUAUUUAAAGUCCCAUAACCAGACCAAAUAUUAUUACUUAUUUAUGGAAACUGUAAGAACUGCUAGAGGUUUGAGCAUGUUUUCAAAUGUAUUGUUUUAAAUCUUUCUGCCAGUACUCACUUUCUAGUCUAAUUUUAGGGUACAAAAAAAGUAAACAGGACAAGUAGGCCUAUGUGAAAUCUCAAUUUAGAUUGUUUUUGGUAAUUCAUUUCUAUUAGUUACUGAGAUCUUUCUAUACUUGUUUUAUUGUUAUUUUUUGUACGAAAUAAAAGUGAAGAACCACCAAAUUAUA